CUGGAAGUAACGUUAGUUGGUGUCCAUCUUUACAUUUUAAAUCCGUGUUUUUGAAGUUGUAUUUUUGAUGUUUUGUCGGUUUAACAAUUCGGUUCAGUUUUAAGGAAAACUGAUUAGGCAAAGUUAUUAAGAAAUCUUUUUUUUUCGUCCACUUUGUUUGUCGAAAUAUGGACAAAUGGCACAAAAUCGACCACACACUCAGUGCGUCAAAAGCACGACGCAGAAGCCGAAAUAUCGACGCCUGGCUGAAACGGGAAGCGCAAAUCCCGAUGUUGAUUUCACUGGUUGGCGCGAGCAAUUCCGGGAAAUCAACAUUCCUCAAACAAAUACGUCUCAUAAACGGAGAUGACUUCAACCAUAAACAACGGCUUAGAUUCAGAGAAGCAAUUUACGACAACAUCAUACAGGGGAUGACAAUGUUGGUCCUAGAACGAAAUAAGUUGGCCAUUCCUUUGCAAAACUCUGCCAAUGAAAUGCACGAGAUAUUAUUUACAUCUAAUGACUUCUGGAAAGUGAACAUUACAGAGCCCAGUGCAUUUCAGCCUUAUGUUGAAGCUGUGGAUUCCCUCUGGAAGGAUUCUGGGAUUCAGGAAACGUAUCGCAGGAGCAACGUUAAGUGGCAUGAGUUUGGUGUUUGCGACUCAGUCAAGUACCACUUUGACAAUAUUCAUCGUAUAGGCCAGCUGGACUAUUUACCACACAAUCAAGACAUUCUUUAUGCACGCAAUCGCAGGACAACCCUAGAAGAGAAGUAUCAUGUGCUCCGUGAUACCCCUUUUGCUGUAGCACAUUUAUCUCACCGCUAUCUUGUUGCAAAGAUGCAGUUUUAUUGUUGUGACACAACAAUACUUUUUAUAAUUGGAUCCAGUGAUUAUGACCGAAUGUCCGCGGACAGCAACUGCCUGGCUGAGUCCCUGUGGCUAUUCAACGCUGUUAUCAAUCAAAGAUACUACAGCAGCAGCACCGUCAUCCUCCUCUUUAACAAAAUGGAUCUGCUGAAAGAAAAAGUCCAGACUGCAGAUAUCCGGAAGCAUUUUCCUGAGUUCCAAGGUGAUCCUCACAGGGUGGAGGAUGUGCAGGAGUUCUUGGUUCAAAGCUUUAAAAUGAGGAAGCUAGAAAACAGCCGGCCGGUUUACUACCACAUGCUCACUGCAGUGGACACAGAGAAUAUUCGGACUGUGUUUAACACCAUUAAAAAUGCAAUAAAAAGCAACAACUUCAAAGACUUUUCACUCCUGUAGGAUAGCGUGUCCUGAAAAGGAGGCUUGUGAGUUACUGAAAACAAAUAAUUACCUUAAAGCAUAGGCCUCAAACCUGAUUCCUGGAGGGCCGCAGCUCUGCACAGUUUUGUUCCAACACUUAUCAAGCACAGCUGAGGCAACUAAUCAAGGUGUUCAAAGCUACUAGAGACUAUAAUGCUGCGUUCACACCAGACACGGAAGAAGCAUCAAGCGUGAGUGAUUUACAUGUUAAGACACGCUGCGGCACGAUACACGCAAAUGAGGGGGCACGAAUGUUCGUAAUAUUUCUAUUAUUUGCUAUUUUAUAACCUCACGUGGAACUCUGAAUCUGUGUCUCAUUUCGGAGUCUGCUACUUUCCAACGGAGGUCGCAUUUCAGUAACAGGCACAUACUUUGAGAGCCUUCCAGACUGAAUGAAUGAAUUAUGCUGUUUUCCCCCAAGGCAACCAGGGGUGCUGAAAUAUAAUUGUCAUUGGAUGGGUUAAAGAGACCAAAACUAAGACAAACGUUCCAGCACAGUAUGCACAUUUUCAGAGCAGAAUAACUUCAGUGUUGUCUUUCAGAUGAACAGGAAUGUUCACUUAUAUAUCUAUAUAUCUAAAAAUAUAUUAUGGUAUUUUUAUGCUUUAGAAGAGUUAAAAACUUACAUACAGCACCUUUAAGUUAAUAGCCUGAACUGCUACAUUUCUAAGUUACAAAAAACACACUUGAAGAUUUGAAUGUUUACAAAUAUAAGACAAGCAUUAUUUUUGCAAUUUGAAAAUAAUGUAGCUAUUGUAUCUAUCAAAAAUAUGACAAUGACUUUCAGUAUUUUACAGUAUAUCUAAUUACUAAUAAUUUUUUUAAAAAUAAUUUUUAAUUUAACUGGGUUCCUGAAACCAAAAAUCGCACAUUAUUAAAUGAUUAAAGUAUUCACUUCAUUUCCCAGUGAUGCGUUGUGGCUGGAAGAGCAUCCGCUGUGUAAAACAUAUGCAGGAUAAGUUGGUGGUUCAUUCUGCUGUGGUGACCCCAGAUUAUUUAAGGGACUAACCAAAAAGAAAAUGAAUGAAGUAUUCAUUUCAAAAUAUCAAAAGAAUUUUGAAAAACCUUUUACAUACAGCUUCUUCAAGAACACCAUCCACCUGACAUUCCAAAGUCUCAAAAAACAAAACAAUUAAACAAAACAGACCUUG